AUGAUUUCAAUUCAAGUCACAUUAAAAGCUUUUGAAGUUGAUACUCUAAAACAACAAACAAAAGUCUUAUGUGAUCUUUGUCAACCGAGUAAACUGGCUCGUGUAGUUGGUUUACCUACAAAAAAGAAAAAGUUUACUGUUUUACGUUCCCCACAUGUUCAUAAAAAAUCGCGAGAACAAUUUAUAAUGCAGAUUCAAAAAACCCGAAUUUCAAUUAAAAAUACACUCACUGAUUUUUUCACACAUCGUUUACUUUUUGCAUGCAAACAUUUACUUGGUCAUCAAGUACAAAUAAAACAGCGUUUAGUAUAUACUACAAAGUUGUGGGCAUAA